GUGCACACACACACACACACACACACACACACACACAAUUUCCACAUCAAGGGCCAGUUUGUAUUUCAGCAGUGAUCAAACAUGAGUCCAUAAUUUUCCUCGGCUUACUGUUCACAAAUCCAUGCUGCAUUCACAUGAGUUUCACUUGCACCGUAACCAUGACAACAGUGUUACCAUGGAGCUCUGUGUUGUAUCCGAUUGUUCCAGUAAACUAGGUACAGUAGCUCAGCUAUAGGUAGGAGGAGAUGUAGGAGAUUGUAACAUGAUGUACCAGCAAACAUCCCAAUGUUUUUAAUAGACUUAAAAAGUUUCCUAGAUUUACAACGUUCGAAAGGGUCUCUAGAGUUCGAAAGGGUCUCUAGAGUUCGAAGGUUGAUAGUUAUAGUGCUGCAGUGCAAUAUUGGAAGCCAGUCUGAUUGGACAUGUUGUUGUAAAGUCCAGAACUCACUAACAAACUGGUUUUCUUUCGGCACUCACUGCUUCGUCUGUGUUCUCUUCACUCCCCCCACUGUGAUUUGAUUAAUGAUUUUUAUUUAUUUAUUUUAAAAAGGUGUUUGACUCCUUACAGUGAUUUUCUUGAGAGAAACACUUGGUGGUGAUGAGUCAGACCCAGGCAUCCUGUAGGAUGUGUUGUACAAUCAGGGCUGUGAAGAAUGAUUUAUGGAUCCUCUGAAAACUGUAGUGAGGAUCAGAACAUUCAUCAUGAUGAUGGAUCCAGACCGCAAUUAACACGACCGAGGGAAAUCCUUAGACCCAGGAUUAACACAGGACUGUGAAACGGGGUUAAAAAUGGAUUAGACAUGCAGUACUGAAACAGACUCACAGAGGAAUUUACAGAAGGUGAAAGUUUGGACACGAUAAAUAUUAUAAUAUAGUAUAUUUUGGUUUUUCCUUCUCUUAGACAUUUUUAUUAAGGCUUAUGAGUUCAUUUUCUUUAAAAAAAAACAAAAAAAAAACACAAGAAAUAACAUGGGGCACACAUUUUAGACAUUGUGUCAGGAAAAAUUAUUUUCCUGAAUGUUUGCACAGCUUUCUGGGAAAAAAAAAUACCCAGACAGGAAGUUAGUUAAGAUCCUGUAAGAUAUCCGCAGUUUUACGCUCGUGUUCUCACAUUCGUGCCUGAACUCCAGGACCUUAGUGUGUCUGGAUGGGAUGGGAUUACUUCCUGAACUCCCAGCUCAGGUCAUCCAGAACCAGGUUAAUGAAGACCUGAAUCUCACAGAUGUUUCAGAACAUUACAUUUAAUUAUAAAGAGUUGAGAAGCUCAAAGUGCUGUUUGUUAAUAACUUACAAAUAUAAUGGUUAGGAGAAUCAUCGCUGUGGGGAUUAGAGAUUAGAGGAACACUACAGCAUCUCUGACAUUCUGUAUAAACUCAGAAACUGCUCCAAACACUAUGCUGUAAAGUUUGUUUAGCUGAUUUCUUUAUUUGUUUAUCUGUAUAUUUUAUUCGUUUAUCAGUUGCAGCUGCAUUUUCAGUUGAAGGAAUCCUGAAAGUUCUGGGCUGAUGGUGAGAAUUGCGUGAAUUGAGAUUCAAAUGCUAUAGAUUUAAGAUAAAAGAAUGGAAAAAAGACCCUGAUGUUCUGUAGAUCUUUUCAAUAGUGGUGUGACUCAGACUUCCCACGCUCUCAUGGGCGGGGCCUUACGAGAUGUGAGUAAUGGAGGUGAAACUACACUAUCAUCUACAAAGUGUCAUUGUCCUUCACGCUGUCUGCAGUUUUUGUACAUUUAUACGUUUUUUUUUUUUUUGUUAACGUUUGCUGGUUUUUGCCCCCACACCACCCUGCCCCAAACUGUUGUCUGUGCCUCACAUGCCCUUCCUCUCAACACACUCCAGACUGUUUGACUUUAUAGCAUACAGUUACAGAAGUGUAAUGAUUUAUAGUUGCACUAUUCGGUGUCACCCAGUUCCCCUUUUAGUCCGGUUCCUCUCAAGGUUCCUUUGUGUCAUCUCAGGGUUUUUUUUCUCACCACUGUCGCCUCUGGAUUCAUCAAGGAUAUAAAAUUAAAUCUACAUCCACAUGUCUGUAAAACUGUUUGUGAGACUGUCUGUAGUUAAAAGGUCUAUAGAAACAGAACAGAACUGAACAGAACAUAACAUUUUUUAAGAAACUUUGGGGGUUUUUCUGUUUUUGUCACUGCGGGUAACACAUUGUUCAGUUUCCUCUGCUUUAAGCCAGUAAUAACACACUGACUUAAUACUCGUGUUAGUGUAGAGUAUCAUCCAACACUCUCUGUUCUCCUCCUCAUAUGACCUCUAACCACACACACACACACACACACCCACCAUGACCAACAAUGUUUGUGCAUCCGUUGAAUAACCUUCAGUUUUAUUACACCAUUACUUAACACUAUUACACCAUGCUUCACCACAGAACAAAAACACAUGUGUGUUUGUGUGUUUGUGUGUGUGUGUGUGUGUAUGUCUGUGUGUGUGUGUGUGUGGGAGGUGGGGGGAUGUUUUUCAUUUCUCAGCUGCUUUACUGUAACUGUGAUGAAAUUACACUAUGAAAAACCCCCAAAACAUCCACUCACAAAACAAAACACACACACACACACACACACACACACACACACACACACACACACACACACACACACACAGUGUUCUAACAUGAGAUGAGUGGUGGAGGAUGGCUGGAAAAAUUGUUCAUAUGAGUUAAUAAAAAAAACAUGAAAAUAAACAAAAAAUGAAAGAAAGAAAUAAUGAAGGGACAAAGCUAAAAUGAAACAAGGAUUGAAAGAAAGAAGAGUAGAAAGAGAAAACUGGCUCAAGCUAAAAAGAAAGACAAAAAAAAAUGCUUAAACAAUGAGUUAAAAGAAAAAAGUCCUAAAAGAAAUAAGGAAUGAAAAAGAAAGUGGAUAGAGUAAAGAAAGAAAAGAAGGAAGAAAGAGCAAAACAAUGUGAUGAAGGAAAACAAAGAACUAAGAAAGGAGGGAUGGAAUGUUAAAAAAGAAAGAAGGAAAGGAAGACAAAGAAAGCGAAUGUAAAGAAUGGAUGGAGGAAAGAAAGAAAGAAUGGGAAUAAAGUAUGGAGGAUUUUCCUGUCCACUCAUUGUGCGUGUGUGCGUGUGUGUGCGUGUGUGUGCGUGUGUGUGCGUGUGUGUGCGUGUGUGUAGGUGAGGAGUGUGAGCAGAUCACUGAUCUGGAUCUGAAACACUCUAUAGUCGGUACGUCUCUGGUGGUGCGUCUGAUUCUUUACACACGUGAAAAUGUCACCUGCGGGAAGGUGCUGUCCUAUGAAGACAUUUCUGCCACACCCACUUUUAACCGCUCCCGCCCCUGCACCUUCCUCAUCCAUGGCUACCGGCCCACCGGGUCCCCCCCCAUCUGGAUGAACAGAAUAGUAGAGUCCAUCCUGAGGCGCAGAGACAUCAAUGUCAUCGUGGUGGACUGGAACCGAGGAGCAACCAACAUCAACUACCUCCAGGUGGUGAAGAACACACGGCCUGUCGCCAACAACAUCACACACUUCAUAAAGCAAGCAGGACUGAAUCUCAGUUCCAUCCACAUGAUUGGAGUGAGUUUAGGAGCUCACAUCUCCGGCUUCACUGGUGCAAAUUUUAAUGGCUCCAUUGGCAGGAUUACAGCUCUGGAUCCGGCAGGUCCGUCGUUCCGAGGAACAUCUCCUGACGAGCGCCUGGAUCCGUCUGACGCUCAUUUUGUUGACGCUCUGCACACGGACAUGGACGCAUUUGGAUAUCGGGAUUCACUCGGACACAUCGAUUAUUACGCAAAUGGAGGAUCUGAUCAGCCCGGCUGUCCAAAGAGUAUCUUCUCAGGUUCAAAAUAUUUUAAAUGUGAUCAUCAGCGCUCAGUGUUUCUGUAUUUGGACUCAAUCAAUCAGUCUCGUCAGAUCACAGCGUAUCCGUGUUCUGAUUACUCGGACUUCCUGGAUGGGAAGUGUUUAAGCUGCGAGCGCUUUAACUCCUCUGGCUGUCCAGUAUUUGGUUACGAUGUAACCAAAUGGAAGGACGUUCUGCUGAAACUCAGACAGACGACGACGUUUUUCACUACAAACCAAGAAGCUCCGUACUGCAAAAGCGGAUAUAAAGUGGAGAUCGUGAGCUGGAACUCUGAGGUGCGAUGGGGGACCAUCACCAUAAUGCUAAAGAACAGUGCACAGGAAACAGAGACUCAGAUUGACCACAAGUCAUUUAAAUUCGAGCGGUACACUGAGACCAUGUUGCUGGCGCAGUUCAAGCAAGACAUCUAUCCUGUUGAGAAAAUCACUCUGAAGUAUGUGACAGCGAAUGUGUUUACACAUCGCUAUAAACUCCGUGUCCUCCGAUUCCGCCUUACUCCUCUGAAGAUCGGCCUGAGACCGAUGUGCCGUUAUGAUCUUCUGCUGGAGGAAAACAAAGAGGUCACUUUCAGACCCAUUCCCUGUCACGACUCAAACUUCUGAUCCAGGAACAGAUGCGAAACUCUGAGUGUAUGACCGAUCAUCACUCGCUCACUCACUCACUCACUCACUCACCCGCUGUGUCUCAAAUCACACAGUACACUCUUACACUACACACUCUGUAGCUGUGUGUAAUGCCACAUAACAAAUGUUAACAGUUAACACCGAACAGAAAUGACCAGCACAGGGAACCUCACACCACUGAGCUGCCCUGAGGUUCACAGAACAGGAACCAGAACAGGAAUGUUCCUGUUAUCCAACAACAGCAGGAGAACCAGAACAGGAACCAGAAAAGGAAUGGGACAACAACAACAGGAGAAUCAGCACAGGAACCAGAACAGGAGGAGAAUCAGAACAGGAACAUGACUAGGACAGGACAGAUGAGGUACAAGAUCAGAACCAGAAACAGAACCAGAACAGGAUCAGGAUGAGAAUCAGAACAGGAACAGUACAGGAACCAGGUCAGGGGCAGGACAGGAUAGAACAGGAGUGGGACCAGAAUGGUGACUGGACUAAAACCAGAAUAAGAACAGCACAAGAACCAGAACAGGAACAGAUCAGCCACAGAAGCAGAAAUGGAAUAGAAUGAAGAUCAGAAGAGCACCAGCAGAACCAGGACCAGAAACAUUUCCUACCUAAUUUGGUCCCGUUCUGGUUUCUGUUCUGUAUUUGUCUGCUAAUGUAGCUCUGUUCUCCCGCUGGACCAUUUUGAAAAUUUAAGAUCUCUGAUGGCUCCGCCCCUUCCUCUCAGUAGAGCAGGCUGCGAGUUCCCUGAGUGAACACAUUAGUGCACUAGCAGUACAUGAUUUGAAACACGGCUAUGGAUCUGUCUUACACACUCCAGUUUUCAGCCAUUUCCUAAACAAUAAGGCAAAUAUAAUAUUUAAUAUAAAACAAUAUUUGUCAUAAUAAGGCCAAUAAGUGUCAUAUUUCUUUCUGGGGAUGUACAUAGUAUACAGUAUAAUAAAUAUUCAGUCUUUAUGCUGAGGUGCUGUGGAUAUUAAGGGAUUAAAAUGUUAAAAUAUUACCGGCUGUGUUCGUGUGCACAGUGGUGUAGGAUAUAAUACGAAAUAUUAUUCUUUAAGAAUAUUAAACGUGGCUUUCAUUUAAACAUAAACAGACUCUUUAAAAAAAUGUAAAUAAUGAAAUUAUUAACACAAUUAAGUUUUGUAUUUAUUUUAAUUUAUUAAGUAUGUGCAAAUGUUAUAAUUCUGUGCUUUUGUAAAAUAAAAUUUCUAAUAAAACACACAUUUAUGAUGA